CAACUAGGUGCCCUUGAUAAUGUUCUAUACCUCUUCAGCUCAGUUUAGCAUCUAUUCAAUCUACUUGCUUCUCUUAACCCAGCAACAUGUUGCGCAGUCUCACCGCUACCGCCCUCCUGGCAGGCCAUGUGCUUGGCUUUGACCAAAUCCUUGGUUUCAACGCCGCUGUCGAGUACGAGACCCGAUCUCUUGACGAGAUUUACCAGGCUGCUCUGAAGGAGGGCGAUGUUGUCACUCUUUGGCAUGGCGGAGACGAGCCCAACCAGCGAGCCUCUCUCAAGACGGCCUUUGAGAAAAAGUUCCCUGGCAUCACCCUCAACGUCACCGUCGACCUUUCCAAGUACCACGACGCUCGCUUGGAUGAGCAGCUCGCCGCUGGAAAGGACAGCGUGCAGGUCGACAGCAUCAUCCUGCAGACUCUCCACGACUACCCCCGCUGGGCCCAAGAGGGUGCUCUCCUGAACUACGCCCCCAACGGCUUCGAGCAGAUUGAGCACUCCUUCAAGGACGACACCGCUGCGUGGUACGGAGUCUACGUCCUCUCCUGGUCCGGAGCCUGGAACACCGACAAGCUCCCUGGCAUCGAGGCGCCCGUCGAGUGGGAGGACUGGCUGCGCCCCGAGUUCAAGAACAAGCUUGUCUUGACCUACCCCAACGACGACGACGCGGUCCUCUGGGCCUUUUACCUCGUCAUGCGACAAUAUGGUGUUUCUUGGUUCGACAAGCUCGUCGCCCAGAAGCCCCGUUGGGUCCGCGGCACUGCGACUCCCGGUACUCUCACCCGCCAGCAGAACAGCACUUCCGCUGCCUAUUUCGCUGCCGGCGGUGGCUUCACUGGCUCUGGCUCCAUGAACUUCUCGCACCCUACCAAGGGCAAGUACGUGACAUGGCCCCAGACCGCCGCCAUUCUGAAGGACGCCCCCCACCCCGAGGGAGCCAAGCUUCUCCACAACUACCUCCUCAGCACCGACUUCCAGAAGACCUCGGGCUUGUGGUCCGUCCGUCACGAUGUCCCUGCGCCUGCCGGCUUUCCCAGCCUGUGGAACGAGACUGCUACCAACCCUGCCGAGUUUGCUAGGUUCAUGGGUGAUCGUGUCCUUGUUGAGCGCCUCAAGUUGUUUUUCGAGAGUCGCCUUGGAACGGCUCAGGGAUUGAGCCCUCUUAUUGAUGGUAUUUAGAGUUGAUGUAUAUAAAAUUGGUGGCUCAUCACCUAGGGGCAGCCCAGCAGCUUGCAGUUGUUAGAGUAGGGUUAUCCGGACUUUAGAUUGUACAUAUUCGCUUGUUAUAUAUUCGGCUUUACAC